ACUAAUCGACACAGGUCUUGUAGACGCUUAACAACAAAGAACAUUUUUGUCUCAAUUGUUUGAGCGUUUCAUCGACAAGAUCGUCGAAAAUAACUGGUACACGUGUAACAGCUGAUCCAGGUUUAAUGAUGUAUGUGAAGUGUUUGUGCCUGAUUUUGAGUGUGUAUAUUGUACAUGUGUCCUCACAUGAAAAUGCAUAUCCGCCUGGUAUUCCUCCACCAAACAGCCAGCAGCAAGCACAUCAGCAUCAGGCACAGCAAGGUUACCCUAACCAGGGUCAACAAGGUAAUCCCAACCAGGGUCAACAAGGUCAUCUAAACCAGGGUCAACAAGGUAAUCCCAACCAGGGUCAACAAGGUCAACUAAACCAGGGUCAACAAGGUAAUCUCAACCAGGGUCAACAAGGUCACCUAAACCAGGGUCAACAAGGUAAUCUCAACCAGGGUCAACAAGGCCAGCAAGGUGAGAACCUUCAGUUCCAGGCAGGUCAACAGCAGCAGCAGAAUCUAGAAGCUACGGGUCACUACCAGGAUGUUAAUGUCCAAAACAUGCAGCAGGGCGGUCCGACGGGUGGUGGAGGUCGUCAUGGACAUCAUCAAGGAGGAUUUAGGCAGAAAGAGCAGGUCCACAAUUUAGACCAUAUAAAGGAACACUUGAAGGAAGUGAUUGACAAACCUAAAGAGGAUAUGACGGAGGAGGAGCUGGAAUUCCACUACUUCAAGUUACACGACUAUGACGCCAAUAACAAACUGGACGGCACAGAAAUCACCAAGGCCAUCACCCAUUUCCAUGGGAAGGUCGGAAAGACUUGGCUAAAGGCCUCCUCCUUCGACGAUCACGAGAACGCUAACGCAACUCCAGAGGAACAGGCAGCUAAUAAGAAGGUGUUCAGUGACGAAGAGCUCAGCAACAUAGUAGAAAUGGUCCUCAAAGAGGAUGAUCUGGACAAGGACGGGUAUAUUACGUACGCUGAGUUUGUUAAGGCUCAGAGAAAGGCGCAGGUGACGGAACCAACGCAGACCUAAAGGGCGUCAUCCUUGGCGUUGAAUUUUCACACAUGACUUAUGGUAAAAGCACUUAUAUUCCAUCAUUUUCGUUAUCGUUUUAAAAGUCUUUAUUCCAAGAACCGUUGUUAUUUUUGUAGAAAAGAUAAUGUUUUUAUAUUUCUUUCACCAUUUAUUUUUUGCAAAAGUCUUCAAUAUUUUGUCUACAUUCUAUUCAGACACGGUUAACUUUUCCUUUCAAUGUCAAAUUAAACUGAUUUUAUUAUCUUUACAUCUUAGUUGAGUCUCUUUGAAUGCAAUGAAGCCUUAGGUAAGCAAACAAGUAUUUGAUGCAGAAACAAACUGUACAGCGUCUAUAUAAAUCUGUGUCCUCCAUGUAAACUGAUGAUACAGUAUAGGGAUAGAUUAAAAAUCUGUACAAUCUGAAGACAAUUUGGUUUUUUUAAACAAUAAUUCAGUACGUCGUUAGAUUUUAUAUUUGUGAUUAAAAUAUAUCAUAAAACUUAUUCAAACUCAACAGUAUUCUCAAAAUAGAUGCAAAGAAAAUAAUUUUCUCGAAACAUUACAUGCAACAGCCUCAUAUUACAAAAAAAAUAAUUAAAAUGUUAAUUACCAAUUAUUGAUAUUGAAAAUAUGAAUCUGUAAUGUUUUAAACUAUUUAUAAGGUGUUCUAUGACUAGUUGGAUUAUUUAUGAAUUAGUGUAUAAUCUAAAGAUAUGACGGUAUUUUUAUUACAAUCAGAUUGCUUUACUCCAACAGGAAACGACAAGAUGUGAACUGUCGGUGCCAUGUUGGGGGUAGGCUGUGUUUAAUUCGGUAAAUUGGAAAUCGUGUUCUUUUUAAUAUUUAUUUUUAUUGUUGUUUUAUAGAAGCAGUAUCUUUGUUGUAUGUUGGUUGAUGUUUUUCAUCGUUCCAUUUAAAGCCAAAUUUAUCAUCUCACACGUAUCUGAGCAGCACAGGGAGGAAUGAGAGAAAUCCAUUGAUCUAGUCUGUUUGUUGUAGAAUAUUCAAGUUUAAUUAGCUAAAUGGUGAGAGUCAUCAAGUGCUUUAUUUAAAAUGCUGUAAAACACUGAAUAUUUGAAUAUGUAUAUAUACAUUUUGCGAUUGCUAUAAACGUCGUAUUUGCGAAUAUUUUCGCAAUUUGCUUUAAAAAACGUUUUUUUUUUUUUUUUUUUAAAUCGCGAUGCAAAUGAAUUAGAGAAUACUCCUAGUGAAUUUAAUGGAGAAUAAAUAUUUCAAAAUUAUGUGUUUUACGGAACAGUAAAAUAUAUUUGAUUUUAAUAAAUUAAGAUCUAGCCAGGCAUACAUUUAUACACGAAGGAAAACGUAUUAUCAGUGAACAUGGUUUUGAAGUUUUAACUAAUUGAUAAAAAAUGUGUGGAUGUAUGAGGUAUUGAUCUGCAAAUCAUUGAAGUAAGUGUAAAUACAAGUUUGAUAAAUAAAAAAUUCUAAUUUAUAAAGUCCGAUAGUUGGAGUAGCUUUAAAUUGUAGUGUCAGAAACUUGUAUUUUUUUGUGGUAUUAGCUGGCUACUAGUUUAUUAUUUCACGAGAGUACUUAUCGGCGUAUAUAUGUGGUUUACAAUAAUUUGCUCAUACAUACAUUAUACUUACUUUAUACGUGUGUAUGUAUUUACACCCACCAUAUUGAUAACCGUGUUUUAUGUAGGAAACAUUAUUUAUUUAUGUAGAAACAUAGCGGCGAGUAUUCUACUGUUAAAUAUUUAAUCUAUCAGCACCAUGAUCUUUGCUUAAUUGCUUAUUUUAAACUUUGAAAUUUUCUAGUCCGAUGUGACUUUGAUAUAUAAACAGAAUAAUUUUCUCAAAUGAUCAUUGGUAUUAGUCACUUGUAAAUGCGUAUUUUCUCAUCAGGAUAAAUUUAUGAUCAGAGAAGAGGUUAACUUUUGCUUGCCUUCCAUGCUUAAAGUGCUGGUUCUUGGAGAAAUCAUCUCAAAGGUGCUCUAUAGUAUAUGUUUACGUAAUAUGUCUGUUAAUGAUCUUUGUAUGAACCAGUUCCUAUACUUAUUUGAUUACUGAUAUCAGCCUGAAGGGGAAUCUCGAGACUCCGUGCUCCUAUCGUACUAUUAUACAUAAUUAUUGAAAAUACCAUUUCCGAUGAUGACUUGAUUUCCGGAAGGGACUGUUUAAAUCUGAUUACACAAUAAAGUCAUAUCUCUCAGUAUUCCGACAAAAACAUUUUGACAAACGAGAUGCAAUGCCCCUCCUGGUCACAUUCCAUUUAAGGGCGUAUAGAUGUGUGUGUGUGUGUGUGUGUGUGUAUAAUGGUGGUAGCUCAAUAGUAUGUUGUAUACAUGUAAAUGUGAAUGAAAUAAAUAAAUCGGGAAGAAUUGUCACUUCAGAUUUGUCAUUGUUUUAAUUAAAGUAUUUAAUGGAACCUAA